GUCUAAAGGCGCUCUUCUGCUUCGUCUUCUGCUUCGUACAAAUAAGGGAGACUGGGAAAUGGAUGGACGUUUAUCACCUGCAAUCGCUGAACGUAAACGCUAGUCGGCGUUAGACGCCCGUCUCUCUUAAAACUACCCUUCCCAUGAAGCUUGUCAUAUGACAAAAUAUCACAUGAUAAGCUUGUGGUUGUUUCUAAACUCAGCAGAAUGGAAAGAUUAGUGUAUUCUAGUGUCUGAGUUAUAGCUUGCGGAAGACUGAACAUCUGAGCGAGUUCGUUUCCAAGGUGUGUUUACUUGUAAUAUGCAAACGGGAUUUACAGCAUUCCACAGAUGGCUUCCCUCAUAAACAGGAAACUUACAGGGCUGGUGGCUGCUACUUUCACCCCGCUUACUGCCCAAGGUGAGCCCAACCUGCCUGUGAUCGGUCCCUACGUCGACUACCUGGUCGAGAAACAAGGUGUCCUGAAUGUGUUUGUGAAUGGGACAACAGGGGAGGGGGUGUCUCUGUGCACUGAAGAGAGAAAGAGACUGACAGAAGAGUGGUGUAGGAGGGGCAAGGGCAAACUGAAUCAGGUGAUCGUACAUGUGGGCUGUUACAGUCUCAAGGACUCUCAAGAACUGGCUCGCCAUGCAGCCGAAGCAGGGGCUGAUGGGAUAGCUGUCAUCGCUCCCUCAUUCUUCAAAUCUGCUACUGCAGAUGGCAUUCGCCGGUUCCUCCAGGAGAUUGCUGCUGAGGCGCCAACUCUGCCGUUUUACUACUAUCACAUUCCUGCCGUGACGGGGCUCAGCUUGCGAGCCAGGGAUGUGCUGGAAGGGAUCGAUGCGCUUAUUCCCACCUUCAGAGGGCUGAAGUUCAGCGGCAGUGACCUGAUGGAUUUUGGCCAGUGUGUGUCUUAUGCAAAACCACACUGGUCGCUGCUUUAUGGCGUGGAUGAGCAGCUGCUGGCGGCGUUAUCCAUGGGCGCCGAUGGCGCGGUGGGGAGCACCUUUAAUUACCUUGGGCCCCUGGUGAGCGGCUUGCUGACGGCCUACGGCAAAGGGGACGUCAGCCAGGCCAGGACUCUGCAGUUGCAGAUGCAGGAGUUUCUGUGCCCCGCCGUGAAGCAGGGUUUUGACGUGGCCAUGAACAAGCAGUUGAUGAGCACGCUCUCCGGACUGCCUCUCGGCCCCCCCCGCCUCCCCUUGCUGCCCUGCCCCGCUCAGCUCACCCUCUCCGUUGCGGAGCGAAUCCAGCAGGUCUCCAGGGAGCAUCGCAGCUAACAGCGGAGGUGGGAUGCAGCAAGUGGAGAAUAUCCCAAAAUUGGGAAGCACUGCGUGCCCCCUCUUUCAGCUGCACUCAAACGUUCCAAGCGGCGUUGUGACAUCGCCCCCCUUGCCAAGGCAUUAACACAUGAUCAAAUCCUGCUGUGUCUUUGUAUCUGUUUACAAAAGGAACAAGGGAAUUUUUAACAAGAUUUUUUUACAAGCGAACAUACUUUAUAUAAUCUCUAUCAGUUUAGUGGUGUCUCCAUGUUCAUUUUCAUUCAUAGCAAGUCAAGCUCAGAGCUGAGAUAUACGAGUUCUCAGUUACCAGGCCGUUUCUGAAACAUUUCAGCUGCUACACACACGGACACUUGAUGUCACCUCAUUGUCACUUUUUGAUGUCUUCUGUGAGCCUAAUUCACUGUCUUUCUUGAUGUUACUUUUCAUCUUUGAGUACUAUCCUAAUCAUUUCACCUUAAUCCUUGAAUUUUGUUUUAUUCAUUAUCACAUAUGUACUGUAAUAUCUAAGAGCUGCUGAACAACUAACGGAUACAAUAAAACAUACAGUCACUAAAUA